GAAAUGACGGUUCGAAGAAUAUGAAGAGCAAUUAGAUGUUUAAUCCUUUCUUGCAAGUUGUUCACGACUUUGUUUAUCUAAGCGAAACUUAAAAUUUUGCGACAUGUUAAAAAAUGUCUAAAUCCAGGUGAUCAUUCUAUUAACUUUAAUAUUUGCACCACCAAAAAUACUCCUCCAAAAAAAUAAAAGGAGGAAGACGUGGAACACCGUACUCAAAAGACGUGAAUUGCAUGGCUAAAGCGGGUUCGAAAGCUGACGCCGGAGGAACCCAUACGUCCGGCACUCCUCACUCUGGUCAGAUCACUUUCAAGUCUAAAGUUUUUGCGUUCAAGGAUGGGGAAUAUCGAAAGGCAGAAGUGUUGAUGAUACAAAAAAAACAUAAUCAGCUGUAUUAUUACGUUCAUUACAAUGAUUAUAAUAAACGUUUGGAUGAAUGGAUAUCCUUAGAAGCUAUUGAUUUGUCUCGUGGCAUCGAAUAUCCACCGCCAGAAAAACCCAAAAAAGUUUCUGGAAAAGCUGGCUCUUCGAAGGCGCCUAAGGCAAACAAGAAACGGCGAUUGUCCACUUCAACUUCGGUAAGCGUUGUUUCGACCACACACACGCCAUCUGAGACGGCGACUCCCGGUGAAAGUGACAGGACAUCGACUCCAGGCACUGAAUCUCUGCCGUUACUAGCCGAGUCGCACGAGCCGACACCCUCAAAGGAAGAAGAGUUUGAACGCCUGCGAUUCAGCGGGUCUAUGGUGCAAAACCCACACGAGGUUGCGCGUGUUAGAAACAUAAACAAAAUUCAACUGGGUGAUUUUGAAAUUGAGCCCUGGUAUUUUUCUCCCUAUCCUAAAGAAUUCACCGAAUGUGAUCUUAUAUACAUUUGUGAAUUUUGUUAUAGCUACUUUGGUUCCGAGCAUCAGUUUACAAGGCAUCGCAAGAAAUGCACCCUUCGGCACCCUCCGGGGAACGAAAUUUACCGAGACGAAAACGUCUCUUUUUUUGAAAUUGAUGGUCGCAAGCAGCGGACAUGGUGCCGCAAUGUGUGUCUUUUAUCCAAGCUUUUUUUGGACCAUAAAAUGCUUUAUUACGAUGUGGAUCCGUUCCUGUUUUAUUGCAUGUGCGAGCGUGACGAAUACGGUUUCCACAUGGUCGGUUAUUUUUCCAAAGAGAAGGAAUCUGCGGAAAAUUACAAUGUUGCGUGUAUCUUAACACUUCCACAAUAUCAGCGUCAUGGUUAUGGCAAAUUGCUUAUUCAGUUUUCUUAUGAACUCACAAAACGUGAACACAAGCAUGGUUCGCCAGAGAAACCGUUGUCUGAUCUGGGCUUAAUUAGUUAUCGAGCGUAUUGGUCAGAACAAAUUGUCACUCUGGUAAUGACAAUGAAGGCAUCGGAAACGACAAUUGAUGAGUUGGCAAACAAAACUGCCAUGACCACAAAUGAUGUACUACACACAUUGCAAGCGCUAGAUAUGUUAAAGUACUACAAGGGGCAAUUCAUUAUUUGUAUAUCUGAAGGUAUUGAACUUCAGUACGAACGUUAUCGGACCAAAAAAAGAAAGCACAUCAAGCCUGAACUGCUUGCAGAUUGGCAGCCACCCGUUUUCCAUCCAUCUCAAUUACGUUUUGGUUGGUAGGUUUUGUGUCAACAAAAAAAUAAAAGAAAGGAUCAGAUUCAUUUUUACUUUCUUUUUCUUCAUCCUUUGUUCUUCCCUCCAUUCCUCCUAAUUAAAAUUUAAUAUUACCAUUAUGAAGCAUUUCAUAUAGCAGGUCUGUUACAAGGAUUACUUAAAAAGUUUUUAUUUAUUUUAUUAGAAAAUUAAUGAGAAAAACUAUUGAGCUUUUUAAGAAGAAUCUUCUUAAUGUCAAUGGCUGCUUCUGUUUGAAACAUGCAUGGAAACCGCAAACUUAUCCAAAAGUAAGCGUCUAAUUUUUUGUACAAAAGUUCUAUUUGUUGGAGAAAGUCGGAUUGGUUCUUAUACUUGUGAUUCAGGACAUCCAAAUUAAAAUGCUCAAAAUCGUUAAGUUGGACGGGAGUACAGAGAGAUAGUUUUUCUCCAAUUUCAUAGACAAACUCUUUCAUGGUAGGCCAUCGUAAAGGAAUCGGAAUAUUUGUUAGCAAAAGUCGUUCUCUAAUCGUUAAAGUUUCAAUGGGCUUUAAAAUCUCAAGAAUGGGAAGUUGUGAUUUAAUAAGACAAUGAAAGAAGCAUGGUGGAAUAUUACUCAGCAAAAUCAUUUUUCGAAAAAGGAAUGAAUAGGGUAUAUCUUGUGGACACGUUAAAAAAUAUUCGCACCAAAUGUCAUCGGGAAACAUAAAUCCAGCUUGCUUCAACAUUCUGAUAGGCUGGCUAAGAGCUCGUUUGAGUAUAGGCAUUUGAUAGUCAUACAGGCAAGUAACUUCGCCAGCGGACUGUUUUUCAUCCUGGUUAUUUGAGGCCUUGUAACGGCCUGCUCUGCCCGCAAUCUGUUUAAUUAAAGGAACAGGUAUAUCUUCAAAACUUGACCCCGUAAACUUUGCGAGCGACGUGAAAACGACACGCUGGAUACUCAAGUUAAGACCCAUGCCAACGGCAUCCGAGGCAAGUAAGACGUUGGCUGGUAUCUUGGGAUCAUUGAAAUCCGUAGCUUGCUGUUUACGAAUUUCCAAAGGAAGAGAGCCAUAAACAACACAGCACUUCUUGUUGUGGAACUCUUCCAAAGUGUUCUUGGCUUCAAAGAUCGCACGACGUGAGAAGGCGACAACGCAAUCACCGUCUUUGACGUUGCCCAAGUCGCCGUUCAAACUCGUUUUGCUGACUCUGAGUGCGUUUAACCGUUCAUAUCGAUGAACUUCCACUUCAUCGAGCGUUUUUUCAGCAAGUUUUUUAAUUAGUUCAACUGCACUUUCUUCUCCGCAAAGGUGAAUCUCUUUCGCUCGUAAGCCUAGAACACACUGGGUCCAUGCCCACCCUCUAUUUUCGUCAGAGAUAAGCUGUAUCUCAUCAAUGACUGCGACAUCAUAUUGUUGGUGAAGGUCUGCCAUUUCAACGGUGCAUGCUAAUAAUUGAGGAUUCUCAUAAUCAGCUUUAACUUCUUCACCCGUUACAAGGUUACACUUGAUUCCUUCUGCAUUCAUUCGUAUAUAAAUUUCAGAAGCAAGAAGACGUAGCGGACCAGCGAAUAUGCCCUUUUUACAAGUUUUCAACUUAUUGAUCGCAUUGUGUGUUUUGCCGCUGUUCGUAGGACCGACAUGCAUAAUGAACUUCCGCCUCAUGGAACGUGCAGGAGGAUACAAAUCGUGUGGCCACUCAACAUCUAAUAGCUUUCUCAAAUCUUUUUCAAGCGGCUCAAACAUAAGCGUGUGACUAACAAAGUUCUGAAACUCAAGUUUUAAGCGCUCUGCGAACGAACUGUGUAAACGAGUGUCUUUCGUGACAUUCUCUACUGAUGGUUUCCAGUGUAUUCGUUGAGUACUUUGCAAUAUCUUAGAUUGUAAAUCGGUGAAGUAUGGAUCGUAUUGCUUCGGAACAUGAACACAUCCAGAGUAGAAUUCGUCGAACAGUGCCAGCUGUGUGUUUCGAGGAACAUUUUUUGGAAAUUUUGUUUCUUUCAGUAUACUGUGUUUCUUCUCUAAGAAUCUUUUUGUAGCAAGCGACCAAAGUUGGUUUUGAGCGGCUUCACGAGAGCGACGAGACGUAGUACUUGGUUUGCGUCCUCGUGAAUGGGCGAACGACCGAAAGAAGCUGUGUACAUAGUAGUUUUUCGUUCGAAAGCAGUGACCUGUCACAGAACCGUGAAGGUGAAGGCUUCUCCGUAAGGAUGCAAACAGCAUUAUGUGUAUUAUUUAGCUGUAUGCUAAUUAUUACUAAGAGGAAUUACAAGUAGCAUCAACGACGACAUGGGAAGAGAAAGAGAGAAGAGAAGUCUUGGGUUAAUAAAACAGAAUACGGUUUAAAAAAGGGGAGCAUAAGUAAAGUCGUUGGACAAUAAAUUACGAAUUUUAAAAUGAGCUAUUACAGAGUUCAGUAAUUAUCUGUUAUUACAAUUUGCCUUAAACAAAGAAUUUAAUAUUCAAAAAAUACACAAAAA